UGUAGACCUACUAUUUCUCAGCCAUUUGCCCUGUAUUCUUUUUUUUUUUUCUGAUUAAUUUGCUAAUGGCUGCCGAGAAGCAGAUGCCAAUAUCUCAUACCAAUAGAAAGCUAAUGACAAUACUCAGCAUUGAUGGCGGCGGAAUCCGAGGUAUCAUCCCGGGUACUAUCCUUGCCUUCCUCGAAGAAGAGCUUCAGAAGCUUGAUGGUCCGGAAGCAAGAAUUGCAGACUACUUCGACGUAAUAGGAGGGACAAGCACCGGAGGAAUAGUGACGGCCAUGCUCACCACACCAUAUGAUGAUCAAAAUGGUCGUCCACUUCCAGCUAAAGAUAUCAACAAAUUUUACUUUGAGGAAGGCCCCAAGAUAUUCUCCGACGAGGCUAAAUCGGCCAGGCAACAGACUAACGGUUGGAGAGAGCCGAGUAGCAUAGUCGGUAAGGUCUUCACGCAGAUAGCAAUGGCGGGCAUGUGGGCUUUUGCCAAGCUAAAAGCACCUGAAUACGAUGGGGUUCACCUGCGUCAGAAGAUCAAAGAGUUUUGCAGAGGCAUACUAUUGAGUGACACUCUUACUAAUGUUGUAAUCCCUGCUUAUGAUAUGCAAGACCUGCGUCCAAUCAUUUUCUCUACUCAACAGGCGAAAAAGAACAAAUCAGAGGUAAAAUUGGAAGACGUAGUUGUGAGCACGUCAGCAGCGCCUUCUUACUUCCCUUUCAAUAAAUUUGAAGCAGAUGGCAAAGAGCACUUUCUAGUUGAUGGGGGACUUGCUGCUAACAACCCCACAUUGCUAGCAAUACGUGAAGCAACGAGGAUUUUGGAGAAGGAAAACCCUAGAAACUAUAGCCAAUUCGACUAUAGCAACUUUUUAGUUUUGUCUCUUGGAACCGGCUCACUUGAAAAGCGGCGGGGUCACAAAAUUGGCAUGGGAGGCAUGUUAGAUUGGUUGUUCAGCUUUGAAAAAGGAUUGUCGCCUUUGUUUGAUGUCAUGUUUAGGGCAUCCGAUGACAUGGUAGACAUUUACACAUCCUUUAUCUUGGGAAAUUACAAUGCUCGACACAACUAUCUCAGAAUUCAGGAUUAUGCAAUGAAAGCCCACGAGGCAAAAACAGACGAUGCAAAUCCAGAAAACCUCAAGAGGCUUGAAAAAGUUGGGAAGAAUCUCCUUACUCGGUCUGUUUCAGCGACUCAUCCAGACACUGGCUUGCCAGAAAUAGCGCAUCUUGACAAUUCUAUGUCUGCUAAUCAAAGUGAAAGUGUGACCAGUAAUAAAGUUGCUCUCAUCAGCUUUGCUAAAAGAUUGUCCGAUGAGAGGAAGCGCUGGCAUAGCUUUAAGUAGUAAUUAUCAUCCAUACGUGGUUGUUAUAAUUAUUGUUAAAUAUAAUUCUUAAUACAAACUCCUCAUGUACUCAUAAAGUUAUAUUUGCUCUUACAUACUUUCUAAGUAACAUCCAAGG